AAAACCCUAAUAAUUCCCUUUUUUUUUUAUUUUUCCCCCAAUUCGAUCUCUUCUGCAAAAAGAAAAAUCUCAAUUCGUAAAUUCGACAAUUUUCAUUAUCUCUCUUCAAUCAGGGUUUAUUUAAGCCGGAAAUUGAAGUAUAGAUCAGCUGAGAAAUUGUAAGUAAGCUUUGAUGGCAUCGAAGAGAAUUUUGAAGGAGCUUAAGGAUUUGCAGAAGGAUCCUCCUACCUCAUGCAGCGCUGGUCCUGUUGCCGAGGAUAUGUUCCAUUGGCAAGCAACAAUAAUGGGACCUUCUGAUAGCCCUUACUCUGGGGGCGUGUUUCUAGUAUCGAUUCAUUUCCCCCCAGACUAUCCAUUCAAGCCCCCUAAGGUUGCAUUUAGGACGAAGGUAUUCCACCCUAACAUCAACAGCAAUGGUAGCAUAUGCUUAGAUAUUCUUAAGGAGCAGUGGAGUCCGGCACUAACAAUCUCCAAGGUGUUGCUCUCCAUCUGCUCUCUGCUAACGGACCCAAACCCUGAUGAUCCGUUGGUGCCAGAAAUUGCUCACAUGUACAAGACGGACAAGUCCAAAUACGAAGCCACUGCUCGUAGCUGGACACAAAAGUAUGCUAUGGGCUGAGUGUUUUUGAUUUAUCAAUGGUUGGAAGAAUAAAAAAUGUUGGUCUUUGACUUUUUAUUCUGUACUUGUCAAUGAAACUGUGUUUAAGAUUGUCUCAGUUUGUGUAAUAUUGAAUUGAUUCCAAUGAAAAAGACGUUCAGAUAA